CAACAGCGCUGUAGCGAAUGACAUCCCCAGCGGUGGGACCGGAGCUGGGUUCGCCAGCACCCCCCGAAGUCCACGAUCGCACUGCAACAUCCUACCAGUACGCCCACGCCAGUGUCUCCCCCGCGCUUGGGACCAUGGCUACUGACUCGUGGGCCCUGGCGGUGGACGAGCAGGAAGCCGCUGCCGAGUCUUUGAGCAACUUGCAUCUUAAGGAAGAGAAAAUCAAACCAGAUGCCAAUGGUGCUGUUGUCAAGACCAGUGCUAAUGCAGAGAAGACAGAUGAAGAAGAGAAAGAGGACAGAGCUGCCCAGUCCUUACUCAACAAACUGAUCCGAAGCAAUCUUGUGGAUAACACAAACCAAGUGGAAGUCCUGCAGCGGGAUCCAAACUCCCCCCUCUACUCAGUAAAGUCUUUCGAAGAGCUUCGGCUGAAACCGCAGCUUCUUCAAGGUGUCUAUGCCAUGGGUUUCAACCGUCCUUCCAAGAUACAAGAAAAUGCAUUGCCAUUGAUGCUUGCUGAACCCCCUCAGAACUUAAUUGCCCAGUCUCAGUCUGGUACUGGUAAAACAGCUGCCUUCGUGCUGGCCAUGCUCAGCCAAGUAGAACCUGCAAACAAAUACCCCCAGUGUCUGUGCCUCUCCCCAACAUAUGAGCUCGCCCUUCAAACAGGAAAAGUGAUUGAACAGAUGGGCAAAUUUUAUCCUGAAUUGAAGCUAGCUUAUGCAGUUCGAGGCAAUAAAUUGGAAAGAGGUCAGAAGAUCAGUGAGCAGAUCGUCAUUGGCACCCCUGGGACCGUCCUGGAUUGGUGCUCCAAGCUCAGGUUCAUUGACCCCAAGAAGAUCAAGGUAUUCGUUCUGGAUGAGGCUGAUGUGAUGAUAGCAACCCAGGGUCACCAGGAUCAGAGCAUCCGCAUCCAGAGGAUGCUGCCCAGGAACUGCCAGAUGCUGCUUUUCUCUGCCACCUUCGAAGACUCUGUGUGGAAGUUUGCCCAGAAAGUGGUCCCGGAGCCGAACAUUAUCAAACUGAAACGUGAGGAGGAGACCUUGGACACCAUCAAGCAGUACUACGUCCUGUGCAGCAGCAGAGACGAGAAGUUCCAGGCCUUGUGUAACCUCUACGGGGCCAUCACCAUUGCUCAAGCCAUGAUCUUCUGCCAUACCCGCAAAACAGCUAGCUGGCUGGCAGCAGAGCUCUCCAAAGAAGGCCACCAGGUGGCUCUGCUGAGUGGCGAAAUGAUGGUGGAGCAGAGGGCUGCGGUGAUUGAGCGCUUCCGAGAGGGCAAAGAGAAGGUUCUGGUGACCACCAACGUGUGUGCUCGCGGCAUCGAUGUCGAACAAGUGUCCGUCGUCAUCAACUUUGACCUUCCCGUGGACAAGGACGGGAACCCGGACAACGAGACCUACUUGCACCGCAUCGGGCGCACCGGCCGCUUUGGCAAGAGGGGCCUGGCCGUAAACAUGGUUGACAGCAAGCACAGCAUGAACAUCCUGAACAGAAUCCAGGAGCAUUUUAAUAAGAAGAUAGAAAGAUUGGACACGGAUGAUUUGGAUGAGAUUGAGAAAAUAGCCAACUGAGAAGCCAGCCAGUCACCGGUGCCCACCCUGGUGCUGCUCCCGAUGGGAAACUAGUGCUUUCACGGCACAGGCCUCGACAGUCACCACAGAGACAACGGCACGAGUAGAAAGAAACUACCUACCUCAUUUCAAAUUAUGUUUGGACUUGACAAAAAUUUGUGCAAAUGAUGAGGGGAAUUUGAAGGAAAUUUUUCAUUUUGGAAAAUUUAGUCCUUUUCCCCCCUUUUUUAAAGCCACAGUUUCUCCCAACUUUAUAAUAAUCUCAUCAUUUUUGGGAAUUGCUGGCCCCAGGACUCCCUGCCUGAUUUUAGCUAGGCAUGUUGGACCUAGCCCCUAGUCCCUGAAGAAAUGGUAGAUGUAGAGAUCAUGUGGAAGAGGCCAGGCAGGACCCAGUGCAAGCCAUGCUGCCGUGGAUGCAGGGAGGUUAUCAUAGAGGCUGGGAGCUGCCCUCCCUCUCUGCCUCGAAUGCUUCUCCUGUCCUGGAGCCUUCUGCCUUCUCUUGAAAUCUAGGUCCAUUCCGGCUCGUCCCUUUCACCUCCAUUUUCUUGGCAGAAGAAAAUGUUUCUUCCUGAUGUGCAUCUGGGUUAUUUUUGUAACAUUCAGAUUUGAGGAGAAAAUGUGGAAAUCAAUGAAUCCCAGCCCCUUGAGAGAGCCUGGGUGGGCUAGGGCGGAGGAAUCCUUCGAGGUCUGGGCCUGCCUUCUCCUUCUUUUAGCUGCUCCAUCUGCUCAGUCCCCUGGUACUCAGGUGUGGCAGCCAGGAGGCAGGUGGUUUUCUGAGCACACACCUGGCUUAGUUAAUUGGGCCUCAUCCCUGGGGUGUCAAAUUGUGCCUGGAGCUGAUCAGCAAUUUGGAAUGAAGUUGUGACCAAGUGAAAACUCUGACUAUGCUGUUCAUCCAUAAUAGUGGACUUCGGAGGAUGGACAAAUUAUAGCCAUGCACAUCAUUCAUUAUGCUAAGGCAUUUGAAAGUAAUUAUGAGAAACGCUGGACUAAUCACGGUUUGUUUUUACUUGUAUUUUUCUGCUUAUUAGACUAACACAUACUCAUUAAAAAAAUGUGUGCGUA